CGCAAGCGCAGACGCGGGCGGGGUGUGCGGCCGGCGGCGGUUGGCGUGAGCAGACUCGAAGUGCAGGCAGCGAAAGCCGGCGCCAUGGUGGAGAAGGAGGAGGCUGGCGGCGGCAUCAGCGAAGAGGAGGCGGCGCAGUAUGACCGGCAGAUCCGUCUCUGGGGAUUGGAGGCCCAGAAACGGCUGCGGGCCUCGCGGGUGCUGCUUGUCGGCAUGAAAGGACUCGGGGCGGAAAUCGCCAAGAAUCUCAUCCUGGCGGGAGUGAAAGGACUGACCAUGCUGGACCACGAGCAGGUAUCUCCAGAAGACCCUGGAGCUCAGUUCCUGAUCCGCACUGGGUCUGUUGGCCGAAACAGGGCCGAAGCCUCUUUGGAGCGAGCCCAGAAUCUCAACCCCAUGGUGGACGUGAAGGUGGACACGGAGAACAUAGAAAAGAAACCGGAGUCCUUCUUUACUCAGUUCGACGCUGUCUGCCUGACGCGCUGCUCCAGGGACGUCAUCGUGAAGGUUGACCAGAUCUGCCACAAAAACAGCAUCAAGUUCUUCACAGGCGAUGUGUUCGGCUACCACGGAUACACCUUUGCCAACCUCGGAGAGCACGAAUUUGUAGAGGAGAAAACCAAAGUUGCCAAAGUUAGCCAAGGGGUAGAAGAUGGACCUGAUACCAAGAGGGCAAGACUGGAUUCAUCCGAGACAACUAUGGUCAAAAAGAAGGUGGUCUUCUGCUCCAUUAAAGAAGCGCUGGAGGUGGACUGGAGCAGCGACAAAGCGAAGGCCGCCCUGAAGCGCACAACUCCGGACUACUUUCUCCUCCAAGUGCUCCUGAAGUUCCGCACGGACAAGGGGAGAGACCCCGGCAGCGACACCUUUGGGGAAGAUUCGGAGCUCUUGCUCCAGAUUCGAAAUGACGUGCUUGACGCCCUGGGUGUGAGCCCUGACCUGCUUCCCGAAGACUUUGUCAGGUACUGCUUCUCUGAGAUGGCCCCAGUGUGCGCCGUUGUCGGAGGGAUCCUGGCCCAGGAAAUCGUGAAGGCCCUGUCUCAAAGGGACCCACCUCACAACAACUUCUUCUUUUUCGACGGCAUGAAGGGGAGUGGUGUUGUGGAGUGCCUCGGCCCCAAGUGAUCCCCGGCGAGGCCGCUUCAAAGACGCCGGGUCCCCCACGCCCGAGUGUGUCCCCGUGCCCUCCCCCAUGAAGGCCUCUCCAGGCGAGAGAGAGCAAAGUCAUUGAACCCAUCCAGACCAUUUCCUGCGGAUGGUGAAGUUGGGCAGAUGUGCUCCUUGUGAGCACCAGCAACUGCUGUGUGCCAGGGGGCGGAGGGCCCGGCUUUGUCCACCCAGCCCCGCUCAGGACCAUGUGCCAGCUCCAGGCCUGCCAGCUCCCGGGUGGCGAUCACCUGAGAGCGCCCUCGGACGCCGCUCUGCCCUGGGGCCGCCACGGCGUCGCCAGGCCCCCGGGGCACUGCUGGAGAUGCCUGCCAGGAACCAGCUCGCCCGGCUGCCCCGCUGCUCGGGAGCCUCUGGCCGCCUUGGACCCGCUCCCUGCCUGAGGUCACACAGAGAGGCGCGUGACCUCAGGUGGGGAGCAAGGCCCAGGCCGAUGCAACACUGGUGGAACCGCAGUUCCAAAGGCGGACGGGAGCCCCAAGAGGAAAAACCAGGGCGGGCAGGAUGCAUUUCUUCCAGAGCUCGAGACCCUGCAAAACAACAGGUGGCACCUGGCGCGCCGUUCCUGCGUUUCAGUCGAGGAUUAGUGCACCCCAGCCUGCACUGGGGACGGAGGCAGCAGUCCCGGGUCCUCCAGGGCCUUUGGGCAAGGCCUUCAGGCUGAAAAUUGGGAGGAAAACUCACUUUAAAGGACAGAUGCCAGGGUCCCACCCCCGGGGAUUCCGACAUGCAGGCCACGCUGGGAGGGAGCGGCUGUCCUCACGGAGCCCCAGACCCAGUGCGGCACUGGAGGCCUGCGUCUAAGGGCUGUGUGGGUCCUUCACUCGCCCCCCACCCCUCAUGGCAGCUGUCUGUGUGGUUUUUUAUACUUUGUAGAUUUCCACGGCUCUUUAAACAGGAAUGAUAGAAAUAAAGUUAUUUGCUAUAGGA